AAUAAAAGUGCAGCUUCAGCUCCUGUGAAGCUACAGCAACAGCACCGCUCCAGAGUGAGACUCCACAUCUGAGGACUUCAGCAAGAGAAACAUGGAGCUGAUCACCAGAACUCUGCUUCUGGGUCUGGCACUUUCCCUCACUAAUGCAGCACCUGCACAUCAAGACGAGCCAGCACCAAAAGAUGGAGAUGCUGCUCUACCAGACCGGUGUGAAGGAAUUGAGUUUGAUGCCAUCACUCUUGAUGAGAGUGGAAAAAACCCCUUCUUUUUCAAAGAUGGCUACCUGUGGAAUGGUUUCUAUGGUCCAGCUAAACCCUCAACGAUGUUCUUCAAGGAGCUAGAUGAACACCACCACCUCGGCCAUGUCGAUGCUGCUUUUCGGAUGCACGAUCACAUCUUCCUCUUCCUGGAUGACCACGUGUUCAGCUAUUACAACCACACUCUGGAGACCGGAUAUCCAAAAACUAUCCAGGAAGUUUUUCGUGGAGUCCCCACGCAUCUAGAUGCUGCUGUGGAGUGUCCUCAAGGAGAGUGCAUUACCGACUCUGUUCUGUUCUUCAAAGGGCAAGAUGUGUAUGUUUAUGAUAUAGUCACAAAGACAGUGAAGACCAAGGCGUGGGCCCGCCUGCCUCUCUGCACGUCUGCUUUCCGCUGGGCGGAACACUACUACUGUUUCCAUGGACACAACUUCACCAGGUUCAACCCAAUAUCAGGAGUAGUUAACGGCACGUACCCAAAGGAUGCCCGCAAUUACUUCAUGACGUGCAAAAACUUUGGUCACGGAGGUGAUCACAAGGCUCCUAAAUGCAGUGAAGUCAAACUAGAUGCCAUUACUACAGAUGACAGAGGCAGAAUUUAUUUAUUUACAGGGCUUAACUACAUGCGUGUGGACAACAGGCGUAACGGCCUUCACGCCUUUCCAAUAACCAGGGGAUGGAAAGAAGUGACAAACGGGGUGGAUGCCGUUUUCUCCUACACCGACAAAAUGUACUUGAUUAAGGAUGAUCAGGUUUACAUCUAUAAAACUGAUGCCCACUACGUCCUGAUUGAAGGCUACCCUAAAUCCCUCAGGGAGGAAUUGGGCAUUGAAGGAACGGUGGAUGCCGCUUUCCUCUGUCCCAAUGAACACACAGUUCAUAUACUCCAAGGACACAGGAUUCGUGAUGUUGACCUCAGUGCCACACCCAGGGUCAUCAACCGAGAAAUACCUUUGCCCUUGCCUGACAUUGAUGCUGGUCUCUGUGGUCCAGAUGGCAUUAAAGUGUUCAAGGGGUCACAGUAUUACCUCUAUGAGAGUCCCAUGGUAUUGGCUACAAGCAAGAUCGCUCCUGUUCCUCAAAACAUCACGUCAGGAAUGAUGGGGUGUGAGGAUUAAUCAGAAAAAGAAAAAUGAGGAAGAAACCAUAAUAAUAAUUUACUGGCAAGUCAGUUUUUGGAUGUGAAGACUUCAGCGAAACCUAAAGUAAUAGGGAACAGCUUUAUUAGGUGACCAACGCGUUUCGGCUUGUGGUCUUAAUCAGGGUCAUUCAAGUCAGUUUUUGGAAAAAUGAUCAUGUCUUGCAAUGAAGUUUGACUUGCUUGGUGAAUAAAGCAUUUUUUCAUGGGGAAAUCUU